CUUUUAAAGACAGGUCAAAAGGCUCUUGUGUUGCAACACCGCCAAGAGCUGAUCCGUCAAAACUGUCAGACCUUUCAAAAGAUUGCCCCUCAGUUCACAACGUCUUUGAUGAUAGCCCAGGAAAAGUCUUUUGACGGGAAUGUUGUGUUUGCCAUGGUGCCAACACUCGCUCGUUCUUUGGAAGACUGGCCCCAUUUUGACUUUGUGGUUGCCGAUGAAGCGCACCACAGUGUGGCAAACACUUGGACAGAAGCUGUGCAUAAAGUUCAAGAAACAAAUCCUGAUGUGAGGAUUUUAGGAUUUACGGCAACACCGAGCCGGGGGGACAAAGUCGGAUUGUGUACGCUGUUUGAUAAUGUGGCAGACCAAAUCUUCCUCGGUGAGCUUGUCGAAUCAGGACAUUUGGUAAAGCCCCGUACGUUUGUCAUUAAACUUGGGGAAGAGGCUGACCAAAAGCUCAAAGACCUUUACUGGAAUUCUCGGGGCCAUCGAUGGGCCAAUCCCAGUGAAAACCAGAUGUUGACGUCUGCCAGUGAGAUUUUAAACACGGAUAAAUACAAUGAAGAAGUAUUUCGCCACUGGCAAGAAAAGGCCGGAGACCGCAAGACCGUUGUGUUUUGUUCCACCGUUGACCAUGCUCAAGAUAUUCAAUCAACCUUUAAUUACCAUGGUAUUCCUACAGGACAUAUCAACGGUCAACUUCAUGAUAGGGAGAGAUUGACAACCCUGCAAUCGUUUCAAGAAGGGGAACUUAGGGUUUUGAACAAUGUGGCUGUCUUAACAGAAGGAUGGGACUGUCCCGAGGUAUCUUGUGUGAUUUUGCUCAGGCCCUCUUCUUAUAAAAGCACCAUGAUUCAAAUGGUGGGACGCGGUCUUCGGCCCUUUGAGGGCAAAGAAGAUUGCUUGAUUCUUGAUUUUGGUCUUUCUUCUAAAGUGUAUGGCUCCUUAGAACAAGAUGUGAACCUCUCUAGUGCAGGAGAGCGUAUCGAACAAAAAGACAAGGAAGAAGAGGAAGAAGAAAAGAAAACACAGGAUGUUGGUCCGGCUCGGGAUUUAAACCAUUCUCUUGAGAUGAAAGAAAUUGACAUGUUGAAUCAGAGGCCCUCUGCGCCUCUCAAAAAACAUUUUAAAAACUCUUUCUAA